AUGGAUGCUACACUCUUCACACGCGAAGUUGAUGGGUACUUGCUGAUCGUCCAAAUCUACGUGGAUGAUAUAAUAUUUGGUUCGACGAAUGACACGCUUUGCAAAGACUUCGAACGGGUCAUGAAACUGAAGUUCGAGAUGAGCUCAUUGGGCGAGAUGAAGUUCUUCUUAGGCCUACAAGUCGAUCAGAUGCCUGAAGAAAUUUUCAUUCAUCAAACAAAAUACGUUAACGACGUGUUGGAGAAUUUCAGCAUGACGGGAACGUCUCCGAUGUCAACUCCAUUGGCGCUUAAUCACGGCAUUCAUCCGGAUCCCACGGGGGAAAAGUUGAUGAGACUUUGUACCAGUCAAUGA